UCAAAUUUUAAAUAAUAAAAAUGAUGGACGUUAACAAAUAAAAUGGAAUUUAAAUCCUCCUAUCUAAGCUAAAAUGUGCUCCUAUUUAAGCUUAGCUUAGAGUAUUUGAUCGUAAUUCAGAAAUGUUGCAUAGAGAAAUUAGUGAAGAAAAAGAAAAAGAAAAGAAAAGAAAAGAAAAGAAAGAGGAGAUGGCGCGAUUUUACGGUUGUUAGUGGUUGCAAGCGCGCACACAGUGAGUGACCUGCAUCUGCAUGCAUGCAGUCUCACACUCUCUCUGUCUGGCAUUCUUUAUCCAGUGAGAAGAGAGGGAGAGAGGAACCACCGUAACUAACAAUGUUUAACAACCACCAUUACUCUCACACCUUCUGCGUCGCCCUCUUCUUCCUCCUUCUCUCUCUCAUCCCAAGAAGCACCUCGCUUCGCUUCAUCGGCCUCACCUACUCCGCCCCCACCACCACCCCUUCACCACCACCAGAAACAAUCUCCGCCGCACUCUCCACUCUCAAAGUCAACUCCCUCCGCCUCGAAGACCCUGACCCAACCGUCAUCCGCACCUUCCUCUACACCAACGUCUCCCUCUUCCUCACCGUUCCCAACUACCUCGUCCCAACCAUGGCCUCCAACCGCUCCUCCACCCUCCGCUGGCUCUACACCCACGUCGUUCCCUUCUACCCUCGCGCCAGAAUCACCACCAUCUCCGUCGGCAAUGCCUUCCUCGACUCCUACCCUCAGUCCGCCUCCGCCCUCCUCCCCGCCAUCACCAACCUCCACCUCUCCCUUCGCGACCUCGGCAUCCGCAAGAUCACCGUCUCCACCUCCUUCUCCUUCGUCACCGCCAUCUCCACCCCCUUCCCUCCUUCCUCCGCUCAGUUCCAAGAGCCUCCCGGAAUCAACCUCAUCGGACCUCUGCUCCAGUUCUUGCGCGACACCAACUCCUCCUUCUUGAUCAACGUCUACCCUUACAACCUCUACAGGCUCAAAUCCGAGAUCCCCUUAGGGAUUGCUCUCUUUCAAGAACACCCGUUCAAUUUCAGAGACGAUUUGGUUACCGGUGUUCGGUACCGGAAUCUUUUCGACAUGAUGAUCGAUGCGGUGGUGAGCGCCAUGGCGGUGGCGGGCUACGAGAGCAUCCCGAUCGUUGUGACGGAGACAGGGUGGCCGAGUAGCAGCACCGCCGCGAACGAGGUGGAGGCGAAUCUAGGGUACGCGGAGAUAUACCUGAAGGGUUUGGUGAAGCAUUUGAGAUCGGGAAUUGGGACGCCAUUGUUGAAGGAUGGUGUGAAGGAAGUUUAUGUCUACGAGAUGUUUGAUAAAAAGGAAGGAACCACUCCUUCUUCGCGCUCUUGGGGUGUUCUCUACCCUAACGGGACCACCAAGUACCGCAUCGAUUUCUCUUCGUCAAAGUCCAACUACUUGUUGGAGGGUUCUUGGAUCAACUUGGCCCUCAGGGUAUUGCUCUCUUUCUUGGUUUUGGUUCUUUGGAUUUGAUAACAAUUUCAUCAUCAGCUUCAUGUAUAGUCAUUCUUCUCUGAAUCAAUGCUUUUUAGUUACUUUCAUGACUGAUGAAUGUGAUGAGUUUAGAUAGAUACUGAUGAUGUGGAUAGUUAUAGAUAUAGAUAUUGGAUUUUCAGUGUUCUUAGUAGACUAAUGAGUGCUAUGACUCAGAAUUUGAUGGUGUCAGAGAGUUUAGAUUAGAUGAUGAGUCAAUGAAAUUUUGGUAUUGAUGAUGUAUUCACCUCAACUCAAGUAAGAUACGAAUCCACUUUUUGUGCAUGUCCCUACCCAGAUUGAUUUGUCUUAUUUUGUAAUAAUAUCUAGAUCCAAUGAUUAGUGAAAUGAGUUGAUGCAAUUAAAAAAAAAGUAGAAAAUUUAAGAAAACAGAGCAGGCUCAGAAAUAAUGCAAUACUACACUUUGAAUUAAUGGCUAAUAUAAUGCCCCCAAUCCAAUUCUUUUGGGCUUGGAAAAAUUGAUAACAAUAUGGCCCUAAAUAUUGUGUUUUUGUAACAAGUGAUAAUCGACAACACCACAUGAUGGAUCGUAGGGUGUGUUUUGUUUGAAAUAAAUGAAAACAUGCAUGUCCAUCCAUUGGUAAAGAAUGGUUACAAGUGGAACUUUGCUUAAUUUCCCAUGUGCCCAUAGCAAAUAAUGCCACUGUUGGUCACUUGGUACUACUUAUCCAGCAUCUUUUUCUCCACCUUCCAUUUCCUCUUCACAAUCAUAAUUCCGUUUUUAGUGAAGAAACUUUCUUAGUGUUCAAAAAACCUUCAAUUAUUCCCUUCUAAAAGCAGAACAUGCAUGUGCAUAUUACCACAAUCAUAAUAUGCAUGGCACAUUGAGUAGAAGACACUUUUGUUUAAAAAAAGUAAUAUACAUCCUAUUAUCCUAGAAGCAUAUACUUGGAGGGGAAAAAAUAAAAACACAAGACUAUCACACUAA